AUGGACGUGGAAUGGAUGACGAGCCUCUCGGCUCUCAGGACGUUCGUUGAACAUUGCUUUCGGACCCCCUUUUCUUUCGAGCACAGACCAAAUUUAAGUACACAGGUCAAUCACGUUGAAGGCCCACUCACUCUCGAGAACGGUGAACUGACCAUUUUUCUGGAGAAUGGUGCUAAAGCCAGUUUCGUUUCUUUGCGGCACUCCAUAGUGCCGUUUGGCAAGCCAAAGAAUGAGAACUUUCUUAAGGAUUUUAACGAUGCACGGGCGACCUUCUGCACUGAGUGGGUGGCACUGGAAGAAAACAAGCCAAUACUGCAUCAGCAUUAUGAAAUGGUUAGGGCACAACUGGCGGAAGAAAAUUUAAAGACCAAACAGGACGCUUAUGCGCAGACAGUGGGAUCCCACGAUCACAUCAAUUAA